UAUCUAAAUGGUCCAGAGUUAAGUUCUUUCGCUACCUUCGUAGUGAGUAUGGAAUGGCAAAUCGAUUCAGAGAAGAUACUAUUGAAUUAAUGGAAGAAGUUGGAGCACCAAAUUUUCAACAAGAAUACAACGCAGAGGAAUGGGUUCCAAUUGUGGUUGACUACUGGAACAACAAGUAUAGAGGGCAACAUAAGUUCAAAGUAUUUGUAUUCGGCUCCCUCGGUCACUACAAACCACUCUUCAAGUAUGGACCGAAUGAUUUUGAUAUUCCCAUCAUCCUUUACUACAACAACAAGCAUUUUGAUGGAGUAAAGAGUGCUUCGGGAAUAUUUGGAAAAUUAUAUUGCUUGUCCUGUGAAAAGGUAUACGACAAGCCAACCAACCAUUCAAUUAGCUGCAAGUCCAGGUGCAACAAAUGCUCAAGAGUUGGACCUAAUUUCCCCUGCAUCAUCAUAGAUGGUUUUCAAAAACUUUGCCAAUUAUGCUGCAAAGUUUUUUACAACAAUAAUUGUUAUCAACAUCACCUUCAAUCUGGAUUCUGCAAUAAAUCGAAACAGUGUGAGAAGUGUGGAGUUAUAUGGAAUGUAAAAGACAACAACAAAAGAGGUCGUCAGGGUCAUAGGAUGUUUCAUCAAGCCUCUAGAUCACAAGGACAACAAGAAAUAUCGCAUCGUUGCAUUUGA